AUGAAGUUCAACACCAUCCUGGGCCUGUUGGUCGCUGCCAGCCAGUACUGGCCGUCCAUCGCGUUGCCUCAGUUUCCCGAUAAUCCCGUCUGUGCUGCCGGCAUCACAUCUGUCGAAGUACAGCCGGUGCAGUUCAUCGUCAGACAGCCCAUCUACAUCAGCGCCUACUUACCAGUCAACACUGUCCUGGUACUCGAUGAUGGGCUGACCCUCACCAUCACUAAUGCUCCAUUGACCUUGGUCACCGAAAUUGACAAGUUAGGAACACUUACGUCCCAAGUUACUAGAAUCAUUGACCAGGUCUCGUCAAUUCCAAACGCCUAUGUCACCAUCACAAGAGGUGGCCAGGCCGGAUCUGAGGCAAGCACAAUCACAAUCUUCCCCUCUGGUCCUGAUGGCGUCGGAACCUACUUGGUCUUCACCCCUUUUGCCAACAUUGCGGCCACCACCGGCAGUAGUGUUCCAGAGACAGCAACUGUCCUGGGCACUCCCAUCGACCCGAGUGGUUUUGUCACGCAGUCCGCGCCAGGAGCGAGCAGCGUUAUCAACCCCGGACCCAGCCCUGCAUCAGUUCCGGUCACAAUCGCUCCCACAGCAUCUGGAGGUGCUGCGGCUUUGCCUCAGAUCUUUGCUACCGUCAACGUUGGUGGUGCCACGGGCGUGCCCAGGAACUUCACCGUCGUGGACUCGGCUGGAUCUGCGGGUACGGUCUUUGCGCAGACUUUUGACAGCUUCUCCAUCACUGUUACUGGUCCUCAGAACGUCAUUACGGUUUUCGGUAACGCCGGUGUUACACCCGCUGCCAUCACAUUGCCCGGUAACAGGGGUGUGACGCAGACCGGGGCCGAUGCUGUGCUUCAGAUUAUCCAGACUCCGGGAGGCGAGGCCGAUUUCCUUGCUAGGCUCACAACCGUGAGCAUCCAGGGCCAAAACGGCCAGACCGGAACCUUCACGCUUAUCCCGACGGCUGGCAGUGUUGGUGCGGUAAUCGUACAGACUGCGGCACCAGCUCUUGGUGCCAUCUUCCAGACCAUCAGCGUUGCCGGAGCCACGCCAACUACACUUUCCAUCCCGGCACCCGAAGGACAGACCGGAACUGUUAUUGUACAGACCACGGAUGGCUUCACAGGCCCCGCUGCUGGUCCGUUUACGACCGUUACCGUUGGCGGCGGCCAGGGUGAUGCUCCCGCGACUGUGACUAUUCCCCCGGCCGCUGGUGCGACGGACGGCGUCUUCACCGUUCUCGUUCAAAGCCUGGAUCCUACGGCCUUCAACGGACCUUUCCGAACUAUCACGGCCGGCGGUAACACGGGAGGAUCACCAGUCACCAUCACUGUUCCUCCCUCAGGCAACGGCCAGACCGGUACUGUUGUUGUCCAGCCUGCCAUCACCUCCUUCACCGGCCCUUUUACGACCAUUACGACUGAUGGCAACACUGGAUCCCUUCCAGUCUCGCUCACCAUCGUUCCCGCCGGCAACCCGACUCUGGGUACCAUUAUUGUUCAGACUCCCUCAAUCACUGCUCGGCCUGCUCUCUUCAGAACCUUGGCCGCGCUCCCGAUUGCCGGUCUCGGUGCCACAAUCACCUUGCCCUUGUUAGGAAACUCUGCUUCUGCCCCCGGAACUAUUGUAGUCGCUGUGGGACUGGGCGGAGAUGAUCCGGCCACGACUGCACCAGCCGCUUUGGCUGCCAACCUCGUCACUAUCCGAGGUGACUACAAUGGCACAGAUCCGUUGACUUUGACCCUCCCUUCUCAGGGCGACAACCCGGUUGCCACCAUCGUCGAGCAAUUGCCCGUCGGCUUCAGCGCGGGAGCCACCAUUGGAAACCCUGCCGCAACUACGGCUGUGCCUCCUAUCACGAACGCUGCUACGCAAGCUACAGCCCCCAGUGUGUCCGCCGCAAACCCGGCGGCUUCGAACGCAGCUGUUCUCCCGAAUAUCCUCACUAGCGGCUACUCCGGAUCUGUGCCGACCACGAUCACAUUGCCUCCUCUGGGGUCCCAAACGGCCUCUCAAGUCUUGGUCCUUACGCCAUUGACCAACGCUGCCGGUUCUGCUGCGCCUGACCCGGCGGGCUCUGCUGCGACGGUGGCUCCUAAUGUGAUCAACACCAUCACCACUGGAUUUGGCGGUUCUCUACCUACCACCGUUACCGUCCUCCCACAGGGCCUUGCAUCUACUGCUCCCGUCGCCUUGGUGUUGACUCCGGACCCAGCUGCUGCGACUGCCGCGGCGUCCCAAGGGGCUCUGCCUGGUUCCUUCACCACCCUCACCGGACCAGCUAUUGGAUCAACUCCCACCACGCUGACUAUCCCUCCUGUGGGAACCAACACCGUCGGCACGGUUGUGGUUCUGGGCGACCCCUUGGCCACUGCUACUGCUCAGCCAGGCCAGACGCAGACACAGGAUCCUGGUGCCAACGGAGUCCCAUCCAGUCUUGCACCUGGAGCUCUGGGUGCCUUUACCACCAUCCAGAGCGGCUUCAACGGCCUUCAGCCCUCGACCUUUACCGUUCCUCCUGCUGUCAGCGGCGCUCCAGGAACGGUUGUCGUCCUUACUCCUACUAACCCAGCUGCUCCCCAACUGACCCUCCCUUCCGGAGUGCCAUUCGUUACGGUAACUACUGCUGGUGAUGUCCCCGCUGUGCUAACAAACGUGUUGCUUCCCACGGGAACAAACACUCUAGGAACUGUUCUCGUCCAAACCCCUGCCACUCCAGCUGCUUCUCAGCUGAACCUCCCCUCUGGUGUGCCCUUCGUGACGGUCACAACACCGGCUGACGUUCCCGCCGUGGAGACGAACGUGCUGUUGCCAUCGGGAACAAACACUGUUGGCACCGUUCUCGUCCAGGUGCCUUCGUCCUUGUUCACAGCCCUGCCCACCGGUGCUGCUACCACUCCAGGCGCAGUCAACUCUGGCUUGGUGCUUCCUGGACUCACUAUCCCACCCAUUUCCAUCGACUUGCCCACCAUCAUUCUGUCUAUCCCCAGUCUCAGCCUGGGUUCCUUCAUCACCUUGACCCAGGGCGGACCGGUAGCAACAACCGCCAUUCUCCCUCCCUCCGGCACCAACUCGGUGGGCCUCGUGAUUAUCCAGACACCGACUGUCGCCGCGACUGCCGCUCCAGGCGCUGGUGUCUUCACGACUCUCUUCCAGGGCUUCUCCGGAUCCGUUCCUCAGACUACCACCCUGCCGCCGACGGGAACCAACACCCUCGGCGUCGUCUUGAUCCAGACGCCCACGGUUUCUGUGGAGGUCAACAUUCUUCAGACCACGACGAUUGGCUUCACCGGAUCACUCCCCACUACCGUUACCGUGCAGCCGUCUUCCGGUGGCUCUGGUCUCGUGGUCGUUCAGACCCCGUUCACAAAUCCCUCGGUCUCUGCCACCAACGUGGCGGCCAAUAGCUUCAUCACUACUACCCAGGGAUUCACUGGCAUUGCGCCGACUACGAUUACUUACUUCCCUGGUGGAACUGACACAGUUGGUACCGUGGUCGUUCAGACACCCAUCUUCUCUGGAGGUGCUGUAACUGUGCCAUCCAUCUCGUUGGGUCUGCCGAACAUUCAGAUCACCAUUUCCAUCGGCGGACCUGUUGCGGCGACAUCUACUGUCUUGCCCUCCGGCACCAACACUAUCGGAACCGUGAUUGUUCAGACCCCCACUGCUCCCGGAGCCGGAGGCGCAACGACUCCCAUCGUUGACCCGGCUGUCACCGCGCCCGGCUUCGUCUCUGUCACCACUGGCUACACUGGAUCCACGCCAACUACCUUUACUCUGCCGCCAACCGGGACCCAGCCCGGAGUUGUCGUCGUCCAGACUCCUACCUCUGGCGUUGCUGUUGCUCCCAACAGCUUCAUCACGGCUGUCACUGGAUUCACCGGCACUGAGCCGACAACGGUGACGAUUCUUCCUACGGGAACCAACUCUGUUGGCAUCGUUCUCAUCCAGACUCCCACAAGAAUCAGCACGACUGUAUUGAUCAGCAUCAGCGGUGACCCUCCACCACCUACUGUGCCCAGCGGCUUCAUCCUGACCACAACUGUUGGCACCGGCACUCUGCCCACCACAGUCACUUUCCCUCCCUCGGGCACCAACCCUGGAAGUGUGGUUGUCCAGACUCCAUCUAUUGGAACCGCGGCGCCCGGCGUCACGAACGCUUUGCCCAACGUCAUCAUCACGAGCGGGUUUGCUGGCUCUGCCACAUCCACUCUUACGCUGACUCCCUCUUCCGCCGGCGAUCCGACGACUUUGAUCGUCUUGACACCUACUUCUGCUGCUGCUCCUUCGGUCACCGUUGCUCCAGCAUCGUUUGUUACUCUGACCAGUGGAUUCUUCGGCUCGGCACCGGCGACUACAACCUUGGCACCUGUGAACGCUGGAGAUCCAGGAACUGUCAUUAUCCAGACACCUCUUCCCACGUCUGGCCUUUCGUUCCUCACUACUACUGUUGGCUACACGGGAGCUGUGCCGACUACCGCCACAGUAUUCCCAUCUGGGACUGAGACCGUUGGAGCCAUCAUUAUCCAGACUCCUUUCUCUCCUUCUUCGCCCGCGGUUACGAAUGUUGCCCCUACACCUACGGCUCCUGGCUUCUCGUUCAUCACGGUUCAGACUGGAUAUUCUGGCACCGGAACUCAGAUUACCACUAUCCUGCCUACUGCCAGCGGCAGCGUUGGUCUCGUUCUUAUCCAGACUCCCACUAUUGGACAGGAUCCUGCGACUUCAAGUCCUGCGAUCAACAUUCCAACCACAGGGCCAGCUGCAACUCCGACUGUGGCACCCGCGUCGCUCGUGACUCUCAUCAGCACAUACACCGGAACGGUUCCAUCGACCACUACGCUCGCUCCCGCUGGCACUGACAGCUUGGGGACCGUCAUCGUCCUCCUUCCAAGCGCCACGGCAACCCCUGGAACUACUCCAGGUGCCAACUUCGCGACGCUCAUCAGCACCUAUACCGGAUCCGUGCCGUCGACCUCGACUAUCCUUCCUACCGGAACCAACUCCCAGGGAACUUUCGUCAUCCUUGUCCCGAGCUCUACCAUCGACCCUGGUACCCUCAGUGCUGGUGCUCCAGCUAUUACGUCCUCACCCGGUGCGGUGUUUGCCACUCUUACUUCCACCUACGGAGGCUCGGUCACCUCAUUCCAGACUGUGUUCCCAUCGGGAACUGGCUCGACUGGCACCCUCGUUGUUCUCGUUCCGAGCAACGUGCUGGCUUCUCCCACAGCCACACCCGCCAUUCCUCUUACUACUGUCACGUCGACGUAUGGUGGCUCUGUUAUCUCAACGGCCAUUGCUUCACCUGCAAACCCUGGAGACCCUGGCACUCUUAUUGUCUUGGUUCCAAGCAACAUUGCGAGCUCGACUGGUGGCGCUGCUCCUGGUGUUGGCAACAAUGUACUCACAACAUUCCUGUCCACCUACACCGGCUCAGUUCCUCUGACUACUACUGUCGCCCCGAUCAACUCCAAUGACCCCGGAACGGUCAUCGUUCUCGUCCCAAGUGCAACGAGCGGAGCAGGCGCAGCAACGCCCACUGCUGGCGGUGUUAUUACCAGCUUCUACAGUGGCUUGGUGCCUUCGACAUCCGUGUUGCCUCCAGGUCCCUCUGGCGAGCCUGGUGGCACCGUCAUCUUCCUUCCCAGCAGCACCAGUCUGUCAACCGCCGCUACAACGGCUUUGGCUGCCGGUCUCUACACUAGCACGUACGGAGGUUCAGUCACUCUUACUUCUACGCUCCCCGUCGGACCGUCUGGAGAGCCUGGUGCCACAGUCAUCUUCGUUCCCAGCAACACUGCUGCGCCCACUCCCGCGACCACCGCAUUGGCUGGAGUUCUCACCAGCUUCUACAGCGGACUGGUGCCAUCAACUUCGGUUCUACCUGCGGGUCCUUCUGGUGAGCCGGGUGCCACAAUCAUCUUCCUCCCUAGUAACACAGUCACUCCAUCUGCUACAGUGCCGACUGCCGGUGGCCUGUUCACCAGCUUCUAUGGCGGUUCCGUCACUCUCACAUCCACGCUGCCCACUGGGCCCUUCGGCGAGCCGGGUGCGACUAUCAUUCUCAUCCCGACUCCCACUGCCACGCUCAGCCCGGCGCUACCGAAUGUCUUGACUAGCACGUAUGGAGGCUCUGUUACGUUGACCUCUGUCUUGCCUACCGGUACCAACGGAGACCCCGGCCAGACAAUCAUCUUCGUCCCGAGCAACACCGGCGCCCCUGGCGCCACCGGUGCACCCUCAUUGCCCAAUGUCUUGACCAGCACAUACGGUGGUUCGGUUACCCUGACCUCAAUCCUACCAACCGGGCCAUCGGGUGAGCCAGCACAGACAAUCAUCUUUGUGCCGAGUAGCUCUGCUGCUCCGGGUUUGCCCAACAUCCAGACUAGCACAUAUGCAGGCUCAGUCACCUUUACGUCGGUCGUUACUGAUGGUGGUAUCAACGUGCCCCCGCAGACUAUUGUCUUCGUCCCGGGCGUGACUAUUGUUCCCAGCAACACUGAUCCUGCAGGACUUCCCAACAUCUUGACAAGUACCUAUGGAGGCUCGGUGACUCUGACUUCGGUCCUCCCUGUUGGUCCAUCUGGAGAUCCAGCUACCGUUAUAUUCGUGCCAAGCGCGACUGGUGUUCCCAGCAACACUGGUGCUGCAGGUCUUCCCAAUGUUUUGACCAGUAUUUAUGAUGGUUCAGUUACUCUGACUUCCGUCAUCUCUACUGGCUCUGCUGGAGACCCUGCGCAGACGAUCAUCUUCAUUCCAAGUGCCCCUGGCGUCACCAGCAACACUGGUGCCGCUGGUCUCCCCAACAUCCUGACAAGCACUUAUGGAGGUUCGGUGACUUUGACUUCAGUACUACCGGUUGGCCCAUCUGGAGAUCCUGCCACGGUCAUCUUUGUACCGGGAACUCCUGGUGUUACCAGCAACUCUGGUGUGGCUGGUCUACCUAAUGUUUUGACCAGCACUUACGGAGGCUCCGUUACUUUAACUUCAGUUUUGCCAGUUGGUCCGUCCGGAGACCUUGCUACAGUCAUCUUCGUACCAGGCACUCCUGGCAUCACUAGCAACACUGGUGCUGCGGGCCUACCUAACAUCCUCACGAGCACUUACGGAGGCUCAGUCACUUUGACAUCAGUCUUGCCCGUUGGUCCGUCUGGAGAUCCCGCUACGGUCAUCUUCGUACCUGGUGCUCCCAGCGCCACUCCAACCAUCACUGCUGCUCCUACGCUGCCCAACGUCUUGACCCAGACCUACGGCGGCUCCGUUACGUUGACCACUGUUGUCCCCACAGGAUCUGCGGGCGACCCUGGUGUGACUGUCAUCUUCGUUCCCUCUGCUCCAGGCGCCUCGUCCGUUGACCCUACUCAGGCUCUCGGCAAUGUGUUGACAAGCACGUACGACGGAUCGGUCACGCUCACGACUACUUUGCCGGUUGGCCCAUCUGGUGACCCAGCGACUGUGGUCUUGGUACCAAGCAACACCUUGGUAUCAACAAGCACCGCAGUGGCAGGCCUUCCAAACAUCCUGACGCAGACCUAUGGUGGAUCUGUGACUUUGACAUCUGUUCUUCCCACGGGUCCUUCAGGAGAGCCUGGCGCAACGGUCAUCUUUGUUCCUGGCUUGCCUACUACAGCACCAACUGUUCCAUCUGCUGGCGGCGUUUUGACGAGCACUUACGGCGGUUCAGUCACUUUGACGACUACUUUGCCAAUCGGACCAUCUGGCGACCCAGCGACCGUCAUCUUGGUGCCGACCAGCACCGGAGCCGUUGGCCUGCCUAAUAUCCUUACUCAGACAUACGACGGUUCGGUGACCUUGACGACUGUGCUGCCUACGGGCCCAUCAGGUGAGCCUGGAGCUACGGUCAUUUUCGUUCCUGGCCUCCCGACCACUGCUCCGUCCGUUCCAUCUGUCGGAGGUGUUUUGACCAGCACGUACGAUGGAUCGGUAACGCUCACGACCACUUUGCCUAUCGGCCCAUCUGGCGAUCCAGCAACCGUUGUAUUGGUGCCAAGCAGCACUGGGGCAGCCGGUCUACCCAACAUUCUGACCCAGACAUACGGUGGAUCGGUGACAUUGACAACUGUCCUCCCUACGGGUCCUUCGGGAGAGCCUGGUGCAACUGUUAUCUUUGUGCCAAGUUCCCCGAUUGCUACACCAACUGUUGCCCCUGGAGGCAUCUUGACCAGUACUUAUGCCGGAUCGGUCACCCUUACGACCACCUUGCCCAUCGGUCCAUCUGGUGAUCCUGCUACUGUCAUUCUGGUACCGGGUAGCACAGCAGCUGCAGGUCUUCCCAAUAUCCUUACCCAGACGUACGGAGGCUCGGUUACCCUCACCACUGUUCUGCCUACUGGCCCGUCCGGCGAGCCCGGUGCGACGGUCAUCUUCGUACCAAGCUCUCCUAUUGCCACACCUACCAUUGCCCCUGGCGGAGUGUUGACCAGUGUCUAUGAUGGCUCAGUCACGCUGACAUCGACUUUGCCCGUCGGUCCAUCUGGGGAGCCUGGAGCUACUAUCAUCCUCAUCCCUACCAAUACUGGGGUUCCGUCAUUGCCCAAUAUCUUCACUUCGACGUACGACGGCUCGGUUACGCUCACCACUACCCUCCCAGUCGGACCUUCUGGAGACCCGGCGACCGUUAUCCUGGUGCCGAGCCAGACUGCCGCUCCCGCUGUCCCAAGCAAUCUCUUCACCAGCACGUACGAUGGAUUUGUCACCUUGACCACGACCUUGCCCAUUGGCACUGUUGUUCUGGUCCCCAGUCAAACUGCGGCUCCUGGCCUCCCCAACAUCCUCACUUCUACGUACGGAGGUUCGGUCACUUUGACCACCACAUUGCCUGUUGGUCCCUCAGGAGACGUUGCCACGGUCAUUCUCGUGCCCAGCCAGACUGGCGCUCCUGGUCUUCCCAAUGUCUUGACAUCGACAUACGGUGGCUCGGUAACCCUCACUACCACCUUGCCCGUUGGGCCUUCUGGAGAUGUCGCGACUGUCAUCUUGGUUCCGAGCGCGACACCUGCUCCUGGCUUGCCAAAUGUCCUCACUUCUACGUAUGGAGGAUCAAUCACUCUCACAACCGUCUUGCCGGUUGGUCCUUCUGGCGACCCCGAGACGGUGAUUUUGGUACCAAGCCCGACCGGCGCUGGUGGCCUACCCAAUAUCUUGACUAGCACCUAUGGUGGCUCAGUCACGUUGACCACUACGCUUCCAGUCGGACCUUCAGGCGAUAUCGCAACAGUCAUCCUGGUACCCAGCACGACACCUGCUCCUGGCUUGCCUAAUAUUCUCACGAGCACUUACGGCGGAUCGAUCACGUUGACCACUGCCUUGCCUGUUGGCCCGUCUGGAGAUCCCGUCACGGUGAUCCUUGUACCGAGCCAAACGGCGGCGCCUGGUCUGCCCAAUGUGUUGACCAGCACCUAUGGCGGUUCAGUCACUUUGACUACCACGCUACCCGUUGGUCCCUCUGGCGAUAUCGCGACUGUGAUUUUGGUACCCAGCUCAACUGCCGCCCCUGGUCUACCGAACAUCUUGACGAGCACCUACGGAGGUUCCGUAACCUUGACUACAACUCUCCCAGUUGGACCAUCCGGCGACAUCGCGACCGUGAUCCUCGUCCCCGGUGGUCCCACUUCCACGGCCGCCCCUGGUUUGCCCAACGUUCUUACCAGUACGUACGACGGCUCGGUGACUCUCACGACAACUCUGCCAAUUGGCCCCUCCGGGGAUCCUGCCACAGUCAUAUUGGUGCCCAGUUCUGGAUCGAAUGGUGCUGGCCUUCCCAACGUGCUCACAAGCACCUAUGGAGGCUCAGUCACUCUUACGACGACGCUGCCUAUCGGACCUUCAGGCGACCCAGCAACUGUCAUUCUUGUGCCUAGUUCUGGAGCGAACAAUGGCGGUCUCCCUAAUGUUUUCACCAGCACCUAUGGUGGCUCAGUUACCCUCACAACCACACUUCCCAUUGGGCCCUCUGGAGAUCCAGCAGAAGUCGUCACUUAUGAUGGAUCAGUCACCCUUACGACCACUCUGCCUAUUGGGCCUUCCGGUGAUCCCGCCACGGUUGUGUUGGUUCCCAGCACUAUUCCUUCUAUCACGGCGGUUCCCGGCCUCCCUAAUGCGCUUACAAGCACAUAUGGAGGCUCGGUUACUCUUACUACCGUCUUGCCCAUUGGACCUUCUGGGGACCCAGCAACUGUUGUUCUCGUGCCCGGCUCUGGUUCAACUGGCGCUGGUCUUCCCAAUGUCUUUACCAGCACCUACGAUGGUUCGGUCACUCUCACAACCACUCUCCCCAUUGGGCCAUCGGGCGAUCCGGCGACUGUCAUCCUGGUCCCGAGCACGAUUCCUUCCAUCACAGCUGCUCCCGGUCUUCCCAACGUACUUACAAGCACAUACGAUGGUUCAGUCACUCUCACGACGGUUUUGCCUCUUGGCCCGUCUGGAGACCCGGCCACCAUCAUCUUAGUGCCGGGUGGUACACCAUCUACUACGCCCGCGCCUGGUCUUCCCAACGUGCUUACGAGCACAUACGGAGGCUCGGCGACUCUUACUACCGUCUUGCCCCUCGGCCCCUCCGGUGACCCGGCUACUGUUAUCUUGGUCCCGAGUGCCACUCCUACCAUCACGCCUGCACCCAGUCUACCCAAUGUGCUCACCAGCACGUAUGGUGGUUCAGUCACUCUCACCACGGUCUUACCUUUGGGACCAUCUGGAGAUCCUGCUACCAUCAUCUUGGUACCCAGCAGCGCCGUUCCUCCACUCAUCGAUAUUUCUAUUGGUAUCAACCUUCCAGGUCUAUUUACCAGCACUUAUGGAGGUCCAUCUACCAUCACUACAGUGCUGCCAGUUGGCCCAUCUGGAGAUCCUGCCACCGUCAUUCUGGUGCCAAGCACUCCUCCGCUCAUCGACCUCUCGAUUGGCAUCAACCUCCCCAACCUUUUCACCAGUACCUAUGGUGGUUCGGUCACCCUCACGACUACCCUUCCCAUUGGGCCGUCUGGUGAUCCGGCUACGGUCAUUCUGGUACCCAGCAGUGUCCCUACUAUCACGGCUGGAACUGGGUCACCCAAUAUUUUGACGAGCACCUACGCUGGCUCUGUUACCUUGACCACUGUCUUACCGGUUGGUCCCUCUGGUGAUCCCGCCACCAUCAUCCUGGUGCCCGGAGCCACUAUCACGGAUGCCUCAGCACUGCCUAAUGUGCUUACGAGCACUUACGCCGGCUCAGUCACUCUCACAACCGUACUUCCGAUCGGACCCUCUGGCGACCCGACUACAAUCGUCUUGGUUCCUGGCGUCACUCCUACGGACGCCUCAGGAUUGCCCAACAUUCUCACAAGCACAUAUGGCGGUUCUGUCACACUCACCACUGUCCUUCCAGCUGGUCCCUCCGGCGAUCCGGCGACGAUUGUGUUGGUCCCCAGUGCCCCUAUCACCGAUGCCCCAGGACUGCCAACUCUCCUCACGAGCACAUAUGGCGGCUCGGUCACUCUUACCACUGUGCUUCCAGCCGGCCCCUCCGGAGACCCGGCGACAAUCGUCUUGGUUCCGGGAGCCUCCAUAACGGAUGCUCCCGGCCUGCCCAAUGUGCUUACCAGCACCUAUGCCGGCUCAGUCACUGUCACUACGGUGUUGCCCAUCGGACCCUCCGGGGAUCCGGCUACGGUCAUUCUGGUGCCUGGUGCGACGAGCGAUGGCGCUGGUGGUCUGCCCAACAUUCUCACCAGCACCUACGAUGGCUCUGUGACGCUUACGACCACUCUGCCUAUUGGUCCUUCUGGUGAUCCGGCAACUGUUGUUUUGGUGCCAUCUUCGAUCGGCGCUGGCUUGCCCAACCUUCUCACCAGCACAUAUGACGGAUCGGUAACCCUUACAACUACUUUGCCAAUUGGUCCUUCAGGCGAUCCUGCGACAGUUGUUCUGGUGCCGUCUUCGAUCGGCGCCGGUCUGCCCAAUGUUCUCACGAGCACGUACGAUGGAUCAGUUACUCUCACGACCACCUUGCCUAUCGGUUCAUCUGGCGAUCCGGCCACGGUUAUCCUCGUCCCUGGCGCGAGCAACACGGGUGUUGCUGGUCUUCCGAAUAUCUUGACAAGCACUUAUGACGGCUCGGUCACGCUUACCACUACCUUGCCAAUUGGCCCCUCUGGCGAUCCGGCUACCGUGGUCUUGGUGCCCUCGUCUGGCGUUGCUGACCUCCCAAAUGUGCUUACUUCUACGUACGACGGCUCUGUCACUCUCACCACCACGCUUCCGAUCGGCCCUUCAGGAGAUCCCGCAGAGGUGGUUCUUGUCCCAAGUGUUGUACCAAGUGUCACCGCACCUGGACUGCCCAACUUGCUUACUUCGACUUACGAUGGUUCCGUCACGUUAACCACUACCUUGCCCAUCGGUCCCUCGGGUGACCCAGCAACGGUGAUCCUGGUCCCAAGCGCCGUCCCAGGCGUGACUGCGACUGGGCUUCCCAAUGUUCUCACUUCUACGUACGAUGGUUCCGUUACCAUCACCACUACUUUGCCCAUUGGUCCGUCUGGCGAUCCCGCAGAGGUGGUCCUUGUGCCGAGUGUGGCCCCGAGCGCAACUGUGCCCGGUCUCCCCAACCUUCUUACGUCCACGUACGAUGGCUCGGUCACAAUCACAACGACGCUGCCGAUUGGGCCCUCUGGCGACCCAACCGCCGUCGUUUUGGUUCCUGGCAUCACGGCUCCAGCACUUCCCAACGUGCUGACAAGCACGUACGAUGGCUCCGUCACCUUGACUACCACUCUGCCCAUUGGCCCUUCGGGAGACCCUGCGACUGUGGUCCUGGUCCCGAGUAUUCCUGGAUCUCCAGCCUUACCAAAUGUCUUGACCAGUACGUACGACGGAUCUGCCACUAUCACAACUACCCUGCCUGCUGGACCAACACUUGUGCUGGUUCCAAGCGCCACCAAUGUGGCAGGUGGUUUGUUCACGAGCACGUACGACGGCUCAGUUACUCUUACAUCUACGCUUCCUGCUGGCCCAUCUGGCGAGCCUGGAGCCACCAUCAUUUUCGUCCCGACGAUUUCCGUCGGUGGUCUUCCCAACCUCUUCACGAGCACGUAUGAUGGAUCAGUCACUCUCACGACUACGCUUCCUGCCGGUCCUUCUGGUGAGCCUGGUGCGACCAUUAUUCUGGUCCCAACCGUUUCUGUUGGCGGACUUCCCACCCUCUUCACCAGCACAUACGAUGGCUCGAUUACCUUGACCACCACUCUUCCCGCUGGUCCAUCUGGAGAGCCCGGACCUACCGUGGUCCUGGUUCCUGGCUUGACAUCUGCUUUGCCGACGUCUGCCCUGCCGAACUUAUUCACCAGCACGUACGAUGGCUCCAUUACUCUCACCACUACCUUGCCAGCCGGUCCCUCAGGCGAGCCUGGCCCAACGGUUGUUCUCGUCCCCGGAGCCACAUCGGCGUUGCCCAAUCUCUUUACCAGCACGUACGAUGGAUCCAUCACGCUCACCACCACACUCCCUGCUGGCCCAUCGGGGGAGCCUGGCCCUACUGUUGUUCUGGUUCCAGGUCUCACAUCUGCCUUGCCGACAUCUGCUCUGCCAAACUUCUUCACAAGCACCUACGACGGGUCUGUGACUCUCACCACGACGCUCCCCGCUGGCCCGUCUGGCGAUCCUGGCGCGACCGUGGUCUUGGUCCCUGGUCUCACAUCUGCCUUGCCGACAUCUGCUCUGCCAAACUUCUUCACAAGCACCUACGAUGGAUCCAUUACGCUCACAACUACCCUCCCCGCUGGUCCAUCUGGCGAGCCUGGCCCUACCGUCGUUUUGGUUCCUGGAUUGACUUCGGCAUUGCCCAACCUCUUUACUAGCACGUAUGACGGAUCCGUCACUCUCACUACCACACUUCCGGUUGGCCCCUCGGGAGAACCUGGCCCGACCGUUGUCUUGGUUCCUGGCGCUACUUCUGCGCUGGGAAGCUUCUUGACCAGCACAUACGGCGGUUCAGUCACCCUCACAACCACUUUGCCAGCUGGACUUUCAGGCGAGCCUGGUCCGACUGUUGUUCUGGUGCCAAGUCUCACUGGUGCCAUUCCCACGCCUACUUCAGACUUGAACAUCCUAACCAGCACCUAUGCUGGAUCGGUUACUCUCACCACAACCCUUCCGGUUGGUCCUUCGGGAGAGCCUGGUGCUACCGUUAUUUUGGUCCCAAGCAUCACCGAUGCUUUGACUACUCCCACCGCGGCUCUGCCCAACGUGUUGACCAGCACCUACGAUGGCUCAGUCACUUUGACUACCACUCUCCCCGCUGGACCCUCGGGCGAGCCUGGAGACGUUGUCGUCCUGGUCCCAAGCUCUGCUCUCGGAGCCUCUCCUGGCCAGUUCAUCACGCUCACCAGUGGCUACUCCGGCAUUGUACCCUCAACGUCGACCAUUCUGCCCACGGGCACGGAGACAAUUGGCGCGGUUGUCAUUCUGGUACCCACGAGCAGUGCGGGCAUCAGCUUCACCACCAUUACGAGCUCGUACUCGGGUGCUAUCCCAUCCGCGACGACCAUUUUCCCGACCGGAUCGGAUACCGAGGGAACUAUUAUCAUUCUCAAUCCUAUCACGAUCGACACCCCGGGCAUCACCAUUACGAGGCCGUACACCGGAACCGAGACUCUGACCUCUACGAUUCCACCCGCCGUUUCCGGAGACCCUGCGACCGUCAUCAUUCUGGAUCCCGCUCUGCUUCUCACGACUUCCAACGCUGGCUCUUUCACGACCAUUACAAGCGGAUAUGAUGGUUCCGUCAUUGCCACGUCCACCGUCCCAGCGGUCGGCACCGAUGGACCCGGAACAGUCGUCAUUCUGGAGCCAAUGGGCACCGCUGCGCCCAGCGUCACCGUUUCCUACACGACCAUCAUCAGCACAUACGCAGGAUCGUUGCUGGCGACCUCGACUCUAGCUCCCGCGGGCACCGAUGCUGUUGGCACCGUCAUCCUGCUGGUUCCUAGCUCGAGUGUUCAGAUCCCUGGUGUUUCUUCUUACACCACGGUCACCAGCACGUACACUGGAUUGUUGCCAUCCUUCUCCACGCAGGCUCCCUCGGGAACUGACACUGUUGGCACCAUCAUCUUCUUCGAGCCCGAGGCCACUGCAACAUCUGAUGUGCCCUUCACUACAAUCUUCAGUGGGUACGACGGGUCCAUUAUCCAGACCUCUACCAUUGCACCCGGCGCGCCUGGUGAGACUGGCACUGUUGUCAUUCUUCAGCCCAGCUCGGUCCUCACUGCGUUGCCAACAUCGUCUGCCAACUCCGAUGUCGUCAGCUACACCACAAUCUUCAGCACGUACACUGGCGACAUUCCUCUCACGACGACCCUGGCUCCGGCUAGCGGCGACCCUGCCAACAUUGGCACAGUCAUCGUCCAGUUGCCCAAUGUCCUGGCCACUUCGAGCCCGACCAUCAGCGUCAGCAUCACGUACACGACGAUCGUCAGCUUCUUCUCGGGGUCUGCUCCGAUCACCACCACGAUCGAUCCCGCGGUUGGAGGCAGCAUUGGUACUGUUGUUGUGCAGGUUCCUCUUACUACCUCGGAUCUCUUGGUUUCGCCUGGCAUCUUCUACACCACAAUCGUGAGCAGCUACCCAGGAUCGGUCACUUUAACAACCACCAUCCCUCCUGCUGCCACGGAUCCAGCCGGCCUCGCAACCGGAACGGUCAUUAUCCAGGUGCCCGACUCUCAGGUCACCGGUUCCAGCUCCUCUGGCGGUGCUCUAGCGGCCUCGUUCACCACCAUCUUCAGCAACUACCCGGGAUCCAUCACGCUCACCACGACUCUGCCUCCUGCUGCCACAGAUCCAGCUGGCCUCGGCACGGUCAUUGUUCAAAUUCCGGAUACAGGAAUCAUUCCCACUGCCACGAGUGCUUUGGCUGCUUCCUUCACCACCAUCUUUAGCACUUAUCCUGGAUCUGUCACUUUGGCCACCACUCUGCCUCCCGAUGCCACUGACCCUGCGGGUCUCGGCACAGUCAUUAUUCAGAUCCCCGAAACUGGAGUGAUCCCCACGGCCACGAGUGCUCUGGGAGCGUUGUUCACCACGGUGUUCAGUACCUACCCUGGCUCAGUCACUUUGACAACUACUAUCCCCGCCGCGGACCCCACGGGCUUGGGAACAGUUGUCAUUCAAGUUCCUGACAUCUUGGAUACUUCGAGCCUCCUCACUGGCAGUCUUACCGCUUCGCCGGGUGGCUUUUUCACUACCCUCUUCAGCACCUAUGACGGCUCGGUCACCUUGACCACGACCAUUCCCCCUGCGGCGACGGAUCCCUCCGGACUUGCCACGGUCAUUAUUCAGGUUCCCAGCAACGUGCUCAACACGGACAGCAUCUCUUAUACCACGGUCACCAGUGCCUACACCGGCCUCAUUCCCCAGACCACUACCGUGGCCCCUGGCGCUCCUGGCGACCUCGGAACCGUCAUUGUCCAGGUUCCCACUAGCUCAGUCAGCGUAGAUGCCAUCUCGUACGUGACUGUCACCAGUGGUGGCUUCACCGGCCUGGGCCCAUUGACAACAACCAUUCCUCCGGCCAACCCCGGAGACCCCGGAACAGUCGUCAUCCAGGUCCCAAGUGCCACCAGCGCCCUUGGAGCUGUGUACACGACCAUCACCAGCGGCUACCCUGGAUCUGUCCUCGCAACCGAGACGGGCGUUCUCACCGGAGUGGAUGGCCUUGUCACUGUGGUCGUUCUAUCGCCGACCGGAACUGCCGCCUCAUUGCCAACCAUCACGGGAAGCAUUGGCGUGUUUGUUACAGUCAGCAUUGGAUAUGAUGGAUCUGUCAUUGCCACAUCGACCGGCUCAGUCACUGGUGUCGAUGGUCUUAUUACUGUUGUCGUCCAGACUCCCACCAUCGCCAUCACUUCACCCACGGCCACCAUUCCGGGUCUCUCCUAUACCACGGUUACCAGCGGCUACGCUGGAUCUCUCCUCCAGACCCUCAUUGGAACGCAGACCGGAGCUGAUGGACUGGCCACAGUGGUCAUUCAGACGCCCACGAUUGCCAUUACCUCGCCGACUGCCACUAUUCCUGGCCUUUCGUACACCACCGUGACAAGUGGCUACGACGGCUCGCUUCUCCAGACUCUCAUUGGAACGCAGACUGGUGCAGACGGCUUGGCGACGGUCAUCAUCCAGACUCCAACUUUGGGACUCACUUCCCCGACUGCAACGAUUUCCGGUCUUUCCUACACCACCGUCACAAGUGGCUACGCUGGAUCUCUUCUCCAGACCCUCAUCGGUACCGCUACUGGUGCUGAUGGCCUCGCCACGGUCGUGAUCCAGGUGCCAACAGCCUCCAUCACCUCUAGCCCGACUGUCUCGGCUCCGGUCUCAUACACCACAGUCACCAGCGGCUAUGGAGGCUCAUUCAUCCAGACUCUCAUCGGCUCUCUUCCCGGUAUUGACGGCUACAUCACCGUGGUCGUCAACAUCCCCACUGGCACGGCAUCUCUGCCCACGACCACUUUGCCCGGUGUUUCGUACACGACUGUUACGAGUGGAUAUGAUGGAUCGCUUCUUCAGACCCUCAUCGGCUCUGUCACUGGCGCAGAUGGACUUGCGACCGUUGUGGUCCAGGUUCCCACUGCCACGGCCACAGCCACGACAACGCCCGCCAUCUCGGUCACUCAGUCCAUCAUCUCGUACAUCACCGUCACGACUGGCUACUCUGGCGCCUCAACUCUCUUCCAGACGCUCGCUCCCGCUGCCUCUGGUCUGCCAGGCACCGUCUUCAUCCAAGUCCCGACCGCCGUGCCUUCAAGCACGCCUUCUCUCACCAUCUCGGACGGCACUACGUACACAACCAUUACUUCUUUCAUCACGGCCUCCGUCACCCAGAUCUCGACUCUUGUUCCGUCAAGGACUGGCGAUGUGGUCACUGUUCUUCUUGGUCUCCCCCGUCGCUUGGUGCUCGUCACGACGACGAUCCCUGGUCUAAGUGUUACUGCCACCUCAACUCUGCCAAUGGGCUCCGAUGGUGCCCAGACAAUCAUGAUCCAGGUUCCUGGCGUGGCCACGGCCACGGCCACGGCGUCACCCACGAUUGGUGGCAUCACAACCGUCUUCAAUACUUACAGCGGCUCCGUUACUCUCAUCCAGACAGAAACUCCCGCUCAGCCUGGAGAUCCAACCACGGUUCUUGUCAAUAUCCCCGGCGUCUUUGCCGAGGUUACUUCAACUCGCUUUGGCGCACCAUCUGCCGGCACCACCACGAUUGUUCCCGCCGGCACCGGCCUCCCAGCGACAGUCAUCAUUGACCUUCCUGCCAUCUUCCAGACCGUCACCAGCGGCUACUCUGGCCUCGUUCCGGCAACGACGACUAUUUUGCCAACGGAUCCCACCGGAGUUGGUCUGGUCAUCAUCCAGACCCCGACUGUCUCCUCUGGCUUGCCCUCCAAUACUCCUUCCACGGUCUUCACAACCGCGCCUGGAACUGGCUCACUCUUGGCCACUACCACGAUCACCGGGCCUGAUGGCGUGAUUUCCGUCAUUGUACAGACCCCAACGGCUCUUGGACAGAUCCUCUCUACGGUCUUCACCACUCAGCCGGGCACUGGAGUCUUGCCUGCCACUACUACCGUCACCGGCCCAGAUGGAAUCGUCUCUGUCAUUCUUGAGACUCCUACUCUUCCCUCGGGAGCUGUUCCGACUACGGUCUUCACCACGUUGCCCGGAACUGCUGCUCUACCAGCAACGACCACCGUCACGGGAGCGGAUGGAGUCGUUUCCGUCAUCUUCCUGGAGCCUACAACCUCGGGCCAGAGCCUCGUGGUUCCGACUACGGUCUUCACCACCAUUGUGGGAACUGGUGCUCUCCCGACCACUACUACGGCCAGCGGCCUUGGUGGAAUCGUCUCUGUCAUCGUGGAGCUUCCGAGCACGACUUUGCCCCCAGGAGUCACUCCCUCGACCAUCUUCACCACGGUUCCAGGCACCGGAGCGUUCCCGGCCACAGCUACGGUCACCGGACUGGAUGGCAUCAUCUCGGUCAUCAUCUCCGAGCCCACGUCAAUUCUAUCUGGCAUCUUCACCACCAUCACCACGGGAGGACCGGUUGCUGCGACCAGCACCAUUCUGCCCAACAUCAUUGGUGGCAUUGGCACGGUUGUCGUCCAGACACCGACCCUCACCGUCAGCCCCGGAGCCGUCUUCACGACUCUCACUUCUGGUGGUCCAGUCGCUUCCACUUUCACGAUUCCAGCUGUUGAUCCCACUGGCCUCGGAACGGUCGUCAUCCAGACACCCACUGUCAGCCCGGGAGCCUUAUUCACCACCAUCACCUCUGGUGGCCCAGCCGCCGACCCUACUGGCCUCGGAACCGUGGUCAUCCAAACUCCGACCGCCCUCCUCGCGUCUUACACGACCCUCACUAUCACCGGCUCUGUUGCGACGACCUUCUCAAUCCCCCCUGUGGGCUCUGGCAUCGGAAGUGUCAUUGUGCAGGUCCCGGAGAUCACGGGCACGUCCGCCUCGCUGCCAUCCAUUACAUCAGCUCCGAACUCGAUUCUCAGCCGUGACCUCACCACCAUCUUCUCCCCUUACACCGGAACGACAAGAAUCACCACCACAAUUCUGGUCAGCAUCAGCGGCGAUCCUACCCUGCCCAACACGGUCAUUGUCUACGUUCCCCUCACGGAGACGAGCAGCUCCGUUGCGACACCGACGAUCACCGGUGGUAUCUCGUACAUCACUCUCAUCACGGGUGUUCCUGGAACCUUUAUUGGCACCCAGACAACUACCCUUCCCGCCGGCAAUGAUGGAUCUGCCACCGUUCUCAUCCAGACUGCCCUUCCUCUGGCCACGUCCAGCCCCAGCGUCACUGUCUCGUACACGACCAUCGUCACGGGCAUCAUUGGCACCUUUGCUGGUCUUCAGACAUCGACUCUUCCAGCAGGACCCGAUGGACUGGCAACUGUCCUCGUCCAGAGCGCCGUCCCGUCUGCUGGUGUGUCUUUCACUACGGUCUUGACGGGAAUUCCGGGCACAUUCCUCGGAACCCAGGCGACGACUUUGCCUGUUGGUACCAACGGCAUCGCAACCGUUCUUCUCCAGACUGCCCUGCCUACCGCAAGCCCGGUCUCGUACACCACCAUCUUCUCUGGCGUGCCCGGCACGUUCGUCGGACCUCAGACCACGACCUUGCCCGCGGGCCCCGACGGUCUCGCUACUGUUGUCGUGCAAAGCGCUCUUCCUACCUCGGGUGUUUCCUACACGACUCGCUUCACAGGCGUUCCCGGCACUUUCAUCGGAGCUCAGACAACCACGCUUCCUGCCGGUCCCGAUGGACUCGUUACCGUACUUGUCCAGAGCGCGAUCCCAACAGCAAGCGCCUCGUACACGACAUUGCUUACUGGCAUCCCUGGAACCUUCUUGGGCUCGCAGACCAGCACUCUUCCAGUUGGACCUGACGGCGUUGCUACUGUGAUCAUCCAAACUGCGCUGCCUACUGGUGUGCCGACGUCCUACACGACUCUGUUCUCUGGCAUUCCCGGCACAUUCAUCGCGCCCAUCACAACCACGUUGCCCGCUGGGCUUGAUGGCAUCGCGACCGUGCUCAUUCAAACGGCGCUUCCAACUGCGACUGCAAGCCCUACGUCCUACACGACCGUCCUCACUGGUGUACCGGGUACAUUCAUCGGCGCUCAGACGAGCACCUUACCUGUUGGAUCUAACGGCAUCGCCACGGUGGUCAUUCAGACCGCCCUGCCCACUGGAAACCCAACGUCGUACACGACCUUGUUCUCUGGUGUUCCUGGCACUUUCACCGCGCCUUUGACAACAACUCUGCCAGCCGGAACCGACGGCAUUGCAACUGUGGUCAUUCAAACCGCACUCCCGACAGCCAGCCCGCUCUCGUACACCACCGUCUUCAGCGGCGUUCCUGGCACUUUCUUGGGCGCCCAGACGACUACCCUUCCUGCUGGCCCUGGUGGUCUGGCAACCGUUCUUAUCCAGACAGCCCUGCCAACAUCAAGCCCUCUAUCGUACACCACGGUGCUCACGGGCGUUCCAGGAACUUUCCUUGGUGCGCAGACCUCCACCUUGCCCGCCGGUACCAACGGAAUCGCGACUGUGGUCAUCCAGACUGCCCUCCCAACAGCCAGCCCAGUGUCCUACACAACUGUAUUCACAGGUCUUCCAGGAACUUUCUUGGGCCUACAGACAUCAACACUUCCUGCUGGCCCCGAUGGCCUCGCCACCGUUGUCAUUCAGUCAGCUCUGCCAACGGGAAGCCCAACUUCGUACACAACAUUGCUCACUGGCAUCCCGGGCACUUUCUUGGGCUCACAAACGACAACGCUGCCUGCCGGUCUCGAUGGACUGGCAACUGUCAUUGUUCAGACUGCUCUGCCAACAGCAAGCCCCGCCUCAUACACCACCUUGCUCUCCGGGGUACCAGGAACUUUCUUGGGCGCGCAGACUACCACGCUCCCGGCUGGUUCUGAUGGUCUUGCCACGGUCAUCAUUCAGACCGCUAUUCCCACAGUCCAAGCUGCUUCAUAUGUCACCAUCGUCACGGGCAUCCCGGGUACUUUUGCCGGCACCUUGGCCUCGACACUUCCCGCGGGAACCAACGGAGUUGGCACCGUUAUUCUCCAGACCGCCGUUCCCACGCCGACUUCGAGCGGCGCUGGUGUCACCUACACCACAAUCCUGACUGGAGUCCCUGGCAUCUUCACAGGUACCCAGACGACUACGCUCCCCAUUGUCACCGGAACUGUUGGCACCGUUCUCUUGGAGACCGCUCUCGCAACUCCGAGCCCAGUUCUCUCCUACGUCACAUUGUUGACUGGAAUUCCGGGAACUUUCAUCGGUACGCAGGCGACCACGCUGCCAAUUAUCUCUGGCAGCGUCGGAACGGUUCUCUUGCAGACCGCUCUUCCUUCUGCCACCUCGUCGCCUACAAGCAGCGUCAGCAUCACGUACAUCACCAUUGUCACUGGUAUCUUGGGAACCUUCACUGGCACUCAGACAAGCACCCUGCCCAUUCCGUCCAUCGGAGUCGGCAUCGGCAUCGGUAUCACGGCUACCGUCGUCUUGCAGACCGCCAUUCCCACAUCGGCUGUGCAAUCGUACACGACCAUCGUCUCCGGCGUUCCCGGCAGCUUCACCGGCACCCAGACCACUACCCUCCCCGGUGUUGGUCCGGACGGCCUGGCUACCGUGGUCCUCCAGACUGCCCUUCCCGCCAUCACCUCAUACACGACCAUCUUCAGUGGUGUCUUUGGCACUUUCACUGGAACCCAGACAACUACCCUUCCUGGGGUCGGCACCAACGGUCUUGGAACUGUUGUCUUGCAAACGGCCGUCCCGUCAACAACUGCGGUUUCCUACACCACAAUCAUCACGGGCGUCCCAGGCACUUUCAUCGGCACGCAGACUUCCACCCUCCCUGGCACCGGCGCCAACGGCCUUGGAACAGUUGUUCUCCAGACUGCUCUCCCUGCCGCUACCUCGUACACUACGAUCUUCAGUGGAAUCGUUGGCACCUUUACCGGAACCCAGACUACCACUCUGCCUGGCACUGGAAUCGACGGCCUCGGAACUGUUGUUCUGCAGACCCCGAUUCCCACCACAAGUCUGUCAUACACGACUUUGGUCACCGGCAUCGCUGGAAGCUUCUUUGGCACCCAGACGACUACCCUACCCGUCGUCGGCACCGGAAAUGUGGCCACUGUUCUCCUCCAGACUGCACUUCCGAGCGUCUCGUACACUACCGUCCUCACGGGUAUCCCUGGAACGUUCAUCGGAACCCAGACCAGCACUUUGCCUGUUGUCGGUUCCAACGGCUUGGCAACUGUCGUCCUACAGACUGCACUGCCCGCCAUCUCCUACACCACGCUUCUCACAGGCAUCCCGGGCAACUUUGCUGGAUCCCAGACAACCACUCUUCCCAUCGUUGGCACGGGGAACGUGGCGACCGUUCUCAUCCAGACUGCUCUCCCAUCGGUCAGCAGCACGUCUUCAAGCUCUUCGGUCAUCGUGAUCAAUACUUCCUACGUCACCAUUGUCACUGGCAUCUUUGGUACGUUUGCAGGAACCCAGACAACUACUUUGCCUGCCGCCGCCACAGCCCCCGGACUCGUCACUGUCGUCCUCCAGACAGCAAUCCCGAGCCCCGGCACGACUUCGUACACCACGAUCCUCACUGGCGUCACCGGAACCAGCUUCCCUGGUACAAGGGCGACCACUCUGCCUGUCAUCGGUACCCUUGGAACUGUCCUUUUGGAGACGGCUAUUCCGGACGUCCCGACAACUUCCUACACGACUAUUCUCACUGGCAUCGCUGGCGAGACAUUUGUCGGCACCCGCGCCACAACUCUUCCAGUUACGGGAAGCAUUGGAACCGUUUUGUUGGAGACGGCCAUUCCAGCUGCCACCUCGUACAUUACGAUUCCCACGGGAGUCGCUGGCGCCACAUUCACCGGCAUCCAGCUAUCUACUCUUCCAGUCACGGGAACUAUCGGAACUGUACUUCAACAAACAGCUCUGCCGGCGGCUACUUCAUACAUCACGAUUCCCACCGGAGUUAUUGGGGCUACAUUCACUGGCAUCCAGCUUUCCACUUUGCCCGUCACCGGCACCAUCGGUACGGUCCUUCAACAGACUGCUCUUCCGGCUGCCACCUCAUACAUCACGAUCCCAACUGGAGUCAUCGGUGGCACCUUCACCGGCAUUCAACUCACGACACUGCCGGUUACUGGAACCAUCGGCACCGUGCUCCAGCAGACAGCCCUUCCGGCAGCAACUUCGUACAUCACGAUUCCUACUGGCAUCGCGGGAGCUACCUUCACGGGUAUCCAGCUUUCGACUUUGCCCGUUACCGGCACGAUUGGAACUGUGUUGCAACAGACGGCUCUGCCCGCUGCCACUUCGUACAUCACGGUACCGACCGGAAUCCUGGGAGCCACGUUCCUUGGAACGCAACUUUCUACGCUUCCUGUUACUGGCACGAUUGGAACUGUUCUUCAACAAACCGCCAUUCCUCUCGUGACUUCCUAUAUCACAAUCCCAACUGGAGUUCUGGGAGCCACGUUCCUUGGAACUCAGCUCUCUACUCUUCCAGUCACUGGAACCGUUGGCACCGUCCUUCAACAGACGGCCAUUCCCAAUCCCGUCACAUCUUAUGUUACGAUUCCCACGGGAGUUCUGGGAGCAACAUUCCUCGGAACCCAACUGUCGACCCUGCCUGUCACGGGCACUAUUGGUACGGUUCUGCAACAGACUGCCAUUCCCAACCCCGUCACCUCAUACAUCACCAUUCCUACUGGAGUUCUGGGAGCCACGUUCCUCGGCACCCAGCUCUCUACUCUCCCCGUCACAGGCACGAUCGGAACCGUUCUUCAACAGACUGCAAUUCCUGCCUUGUCCACUGGAUACACCACCAUCCUGUCCGGCAUCGUUGGCACCUUUACAGGCACCCAGACUACGACUCUUCCAGUCACGGGAACUCUUGGCACUGUUAUUCUGCAGACGGCCGUACCACCAGCCACGUCUUACACAACCAUCGUCACUGGCGUCUUCGGAACCUUCCUUGGAACUUCGGCGACCACCCUACCAGCUACUGGAACCAUCGGUACGGUACUGCUUCAGACCGCGAUCCCGAUCUCGUACACGACUCUCCUCACCGGAGUCGCGGGCAACUUCCUUGGCACCCAGACGUCGACGAUUCCGGCCGUCAGCGGUCUCGGAACCGUCCUGCUUCAGACCGCCCUGCCCACUGGAUACCUCACCGUCACCAGUGGAAUUACUGGCAGCUUUACCGGCACUCAGACAACCACCUUGCCGGCUGUUGGAGGAGGCCUUGGAACCGUCGUUCUUCAGACCGCUAUUCCCAGCUCCGUCAUUGUCUCUUACACGACUAUCAUCACUGGUGUCAUUGGUACUUUCACCGGCACCUCGGUAACCACCCUCCCGGCUACCGGAAGCGUCGGCACCGUGUUGUUGGAGACGGCCAUCCGGCCCAUUUCCUACGUCACCGUCACCAGUGGCAUCGUGGGCAGCUUCACAGGCACUCAAACCGUCACUCUCCCUACCACCGGAGCCGGACAGAGCAUCGCUACUGUUGUCCUUCAGACUGCCAUUCCGGCCAUCUCGUACAUCACUGUCACGAGCGGAGUGGUCGGCAGCUUUACCGGUACUCAGACUGUCACGCUUCCCACGACGGGAGCCGGCCAGAGCAUCGGCACAGUCGUUCUCGAGACCGCUAUCCCAGCCAUUUCGUACAUCACCAUCCCCACUGGGGUUACUGGCACAUUCACAGGCACCUCUACAGUCACUUUGCCUACCACUGGUCCAGGCCAGACUGUUGGCACCGUCUACCUGGAGACUGCUCUCCCAGUCAUUUCUUACGUGACGAUUCCCACUGGAGCGACCGGAACCUUUACAGGAACCCGUCUCAGCACCCUUCCAGUCACUGGCACCGUUGGUACUGUGCUCGCGCAGACGGCCCUCCCGGUCAUCUCGUACAUCACGAUUCCUACUGGAGUUACAGGAACAUUCACCGGCACUCAGACAACCACGUUACCGAUCACGGGAUCCAUUGCGACGGUACUUCUGGAGACCGCAUUGCCUGUGAUUUCGUACAUCACGAUCCCAACUGGCGUGACCGGAACCUUUGCUGGCACUCAGCUAUCGACUUUGCCCGUCACUGGCACCAUUGGAACAGUGUUGGCACAGACUGCUCUACCUUCGGUCUCAUACAUCACCAUCUCAACUGGCGUUACCGGAACCUUUGCGGGCACUCAACUUUCUACCUUGCCAGUCUCUGGUACCGUUGGAACCGUUCUCGCCCAGACUGCUCUGCCAUCCAUCUCGUACAUCACUAUCCCGACUGGUGUUACUGGAACAUUCGCCGGCACGCAGCUUUCGACCUUGCCUGUUACCGGCACGAUCGGAACUGUCCUUGCCCAGACCGCCCUCCCCUCCAUCUCGUAUCUCACGAUCCCUACUGGCGUUACUGGAACCUUCACGGGUACCCAACUGUCAACUUUGCCAGUCUCUGGAACUAUCGGAACCGUCUUGGCGCAGACCGCUCUCCCAGUCAUCUCCUACAUCACCGUCCCGACGGGAGUUACUGGCAGUUUUACGGGCACGCAAUUCUCAACCUUGCCCGCCGUUGGCAGUGUGGCCACCGUAUUGGCACAGACCGCUCUCCCAGUUAUCUCGUAUACAACCGUCCCGACUGGCGUUACUGGCACGUUCACAGGCACCCGUUUGUCGACGUUGCCAGCCGUUGGAAGCGUGGCCACGGUACUGGCGCAGACAGCUCUUCCAGUUGUCUCGUACGUGACUGUUCCAACAGGAGUCACAGGCACCUUUACUGGCACGCUGUUCUCAACCCUCCCGGCUGUUGGCAGCGUUGCCACUGUUCUUGCUCAGACAGCCUUGCCUGUGGUAUCGUAUGUCACGGUGCCUACAGGCGUCACUGGCACCUUCACCGGAACCCAGUUCUCGACCCUCCCCGCUGUCGGCAGUGUGGCUACAGUGUUGGCUCAAACAGCCUUGCCCGUCGUUUCCUACGUUACUGUUCCUACUGGCGUCACUGGUACCUUUACUGGAACGCAGUUGUCUACUUUGCCCGCCGUCGGAAGCGUCGCGACCGUUCUCGCUCAAACGGCCUUGCCUGUGGUUUCGUACGUUACCGUACCCACGGGAGUCACCGGCACCUUCACGGGAACGCAGCUAUCAACGCUUCCCGCCGUCGGAAGCGUGGCCACGGUGCUUGCCCAAACAGCCUUGCCACAGAUCUUCUAUACCACGGUCGCCUCGGGAGUCGCAGGCACCUUUGCCGGUACUCAGCUGGUCACUCUCUCCGGAACCGGAGCCACCCGAACUGUCGUGGCAGAGACCGCCAUUCCGUAUACGACGGUCCUCACUGGAGUUUCUGGCACCUUUACCGGAACUUCCCUGUCUACGAUCGGAAACACGGUUCUCGCUCAGACAGCCCUGCCUCAGAUCUUCUACACGACCAUCCCGUCAGGCGUGCCGGGCACCUUUGCCGGAACGUCUUUGGUCACUCUCUCGGGCUCUGGGGCUACUCAGACAGUCGUUGCCCAGACAGCCAUUCCCUACACCACAGUCGUCACGGGAGUUACUGGAACCUUUACCGGAACCUCUCUGUCUACUAUCGGUAAUACAGUCAUCGCCCAGACGGCUCUGCCGCAGGUCUUCUACAAUACGGUACCCACUGGUGUUCCGGGCACGUUUGCCGGAACCUCUCUUACUACCCUCGCGGGCUCCGGAGCAACGAGGACGGUCCUCGCUCAGACUGCCGUGCCGUAUACCACAAUCCUCACGGGAGUCUCGGGCACCUUUACCGGAACUGCAGUCACGACCAUCGGUAACACCGUCCUUCAACAGACGGCCAUUCCUCCAGUCUCUUACACAACGGUGGUCACCGGUGUGAUCGGCACCUUUACUGGCACUCAAGUCACCACCAUUGGUAACACGGUCGUCCAGCAGACCGCCCUCCCCUCAAGCACAUCGUACACCACAAUCCUCACGGGAGUCACUGGUGCCUUCACAGGCACGCGGACCACGACUGUUGGAAACACAGUCCUGCAGCAGACGGCACUCGCAUCGGCAAGCCGUGUCGUCACCAGCUCAUACGCACCAUCCGGCUGUGUCCCGACGCCUACGGGUGUCGCAGCCCCGACUUGUCUACCAUCAACUGGAUCCGCAAUCACUUUGCCUUCUGCUUGCGCCAGUCUCACGGGUGUCAUCUUGCAAUCAUACUCUCAGUCGACGCUCGAUCUUUGUACUGCAGCUUUGGGCGCGACCGCCAACAUUGGAACCGUCAGCAACUGUCUCAACUUGCAACAAGUUGCUCUGUUAGGAAACAUCCUGGGAUACAACCACGUCAGAUGUAUCCAGACUGCUCUGGCGGGUACCUGUCUCACGAGGCUUCCAUCAAUCUGCGCCAACCUGGCGGCAUCCAGCCAGACGCUCGCCAAUGUCCAGACCAACGCCGCUCUAUGCUUCGCCAACCUUGGAGCCUUUGGUUCCAUCACGACAGCAGGCAACUGUAUCAUAUCCAGCGUCACCAACCAAGGAGGCGCGGCCGUUCUCAACUGUUUCGAACGAGCUCUCGGACUACCAGUCGGUCAAACAGUCGCCGGAUUGGCGAGCACGGUAUUGUGUCCUUCCGGCACAGCCUGCGCCCGCGCUCCGGCAGCCUGCGGUGCUCUCCUGGAUGUCACACUCUCCACGUCGGAAAUCAAUGCCAACCUCAAUCUCUGCCAGGCUGGCCUCGUCGUCAGCGCCUUGGGAAACACGGUAUCAAAUUUGGCUUCCGGUUUGGGCUGUACCCUCGGCAGCGUUACCGGCCUGGUGGGCAGUCUCCUCGGAGCCCAGACACAGUCGUACGCUCAAUGUAUCCAGAACUCGCUGGCUUCGCAGUGUAUCACGUCGCUACCGCAGAGCUGUGUCAACCUGGGCGUCGACGCGACUGGUGGCGUGGCAGUGACAGUCAGCGCACCAAACCUCAUCUCUUGCGUGACUUCGCUCGGCCUCUUAUCCAACGGCAUCGCCUCGGAUUGUUUGAACCUGUCCUUGACGGGCCCGAACAUUGUGGCUUGCCUGAACUUGCGCCUCUUUGGCGUCGCCACGGUGAACGUGGCCGCCAAAUAG